GGUAUAUAUAUACAGCCUGUAUCAGUGUCGUUGCCAUACUGCUUCCAUUCGGUCUCAGCCUCGGUUGUUCAACAUUCGCAGAACUGUGACGAGAUGUGGAUUCGAACUUUGAUCUUGCUGACCUUGGCCAUUUCGGCGUUUGGACAGGCUAUGCUAAACGGAAAUGGAGAACGCAUCGUGGAUACAGUUCGAGAAAUUAGCCAGCCAAUUCAGGAUGCUUGUAGUAACUCGAAAGCUGAUAUUGUGUUCAUAAUUGAUGGCUCUCGCAGUAUUUUCCCGCCUGAUUUCAAAGAACAGAUAGAAUUUCUGAAAAGUUUUGUAGAUCAUUUUAUAAUCGGAAACAAUGGUAUGCGAUUUGGUGUUGUAACGUUUGGCGAUAAGGUCAUUAUGGAUAACACUUUCGGUUUGACUCAAUACACCAGUAAAGAGCAACUGAUAAACCGUUUAUCCAAUAUUAAGUUCAGACAUGAACACGGUACCAGCACACAAACGGAUUUAGCCAUCGAAUAUGCUCGCGAAACGCUGUUCACAGAGGCCCGACUUGAUACUAAGAAAAUAGCUAUUGUGAUCACAGAUGGAUUAUCGACGAAGCCGAAGAAGACAGCCGAAGAGGCGAUGAAGAUGAGGAAUGGGGAAAUAGUGAUAUUGGCCAUUGGUGUGGGAAAAAAGUUUCAAAGGAAGAAUUGCAUACAAUAACUGGAAGAAACGAUUAUGUUUUCAUGAUAGAUGAAUAUUCCCUGUUGAAAGAACUUGAAUCUAAACUGAGCGAAAUAAGCUGUAAACAUACAUAUCAAGGUUGUAGCGGAGACGUCGACAUAAACUUCGUGUUUGACUCUUUUAGGAUGAGUUACAAUGAAAUACGCACUGUUACUACCUUCAUCACUGAAUCAAUCGCAGACAAAGAGUUUUCUGGGGAAAACGUCAGGAUUGGAACGAUUUAUGGAAAGUGCCAAGGAUUGAAAGGUUUCUACUUGGACACUUAUCAAUCAAAAGAUAAAGCAAGGAAGCAAUUCGACAACCUUCAGCGAGCGUAUAUCGCUUCUCUUCUAGAAGAAUCCCUUAAGGAAUAUUUUCAAUGUCCAUAUGGCGGCCGCAAACGAGCACGUAAAGUGGCAGUUAUUUUCUUAAAUGGAGAACUAAGUGAUUCACAUGGAUUGGAGAAAAAUGUGAAGUCUCUCCGUAAAAGUGGCAUUCAGGUGUUUGGAAUUAAGAUGGAAAAUCGGGAUUCGGA